AGAAAGACAGCAGGAACCAAACAAGUCAACCAGAGUAGGUGUCAGAUUUCCAGGUUAUCCUACGUGAUUAACUAUCCUUAAAUUUGGCUUUUCUGUUUUUUGCCCUGCCUUUAUGGUUCAGACGCUAAUGUGAGUGAUGGCGGUGGAAAAGUUUGUGUCCAAGACACUCGAGCUUCUGCAUGAGGAACGGGAGGCUGAGAUAGAGGAGACCAGGGUAUGGCAGGAGAACAUUUCUCUCAAGGAUCUUCAAAACAAAGGCGUCUGCCUGCUGAAACUGCAGAUAGGAAGUCAGUCCACAGGCCUGUAUGGCCGCACAGUCGUCAUCUUGGAGCCAAGAAAGCAUCUUGGAUUCUCGUCUCUGCCGAGCAACAGUUUUGGACCUGGUGAUAUAGUUGGGUUGUAUGACACUACUGGAUGCACUGCAGCCUCACAGAUCAGUACUGGGAUUGUGACAAGGGUCAGCCAAGCAUCUAUAAGUGUGGCCUUUGACGAUUUAAAGGAUGGGCAUGGUUUUGAUGCAGAUGCACUUUACAACCUUUUAAAGUUAGCAAAUGAUGUCACCUACAAACGAAUGAAACGUGCUUUGAAUGCAUUAAAUGGAUACAACAAUGGACCAGCUGCCAAUUUGAUAAAUGUUCUCUUCGGAGACACAAAACCAUCUUCUCAGUCACAGCCAAAUGAGGUUGAAUUCUUUAACUCAAACUUGGAUGACUCCCAAAAAGAAGCUGUAUCCUUUGCUCUGUCACAGAGAGAGCUCGCAGUGAUUCAUGGACCUCCGGGCACUGGGAAAACCACCACUGUGGUGGAGAUCAUCCUGCAAGCUGUCAAACAGGGUCAAAAGGUCCUGUGCUGUGCUCCCUCAAAUGUGGCAGUGGAUAAUUUAGUGGAGAGGUUAGCCCAGUGCAAAGCCAAGGUCCUGAGGCUGGGUCACCCUGCCAGACUGCUCGAAUCCAUACAGAAACAUUCACUGGAUGCCAUCCUGGCUCAGAGUGACAACGCAAACAUCAUUGCUGACAUCCGGAAGGACAUUGAUAAAGUUUUUACGGGAAUGAGAAAGGAGAGAGGAGAACGAGGGAACUUGAAACGAGAAAUAGGGGAGCUGAGAAAAGAGCUGAGAAACAGAGAGGCAGCAGCCAUCACUCAGAUCCUUAAAAGCGCUGAUGUUGUAUUAUCCACCAACACAGGUGCUUGUGAUGACGGUCCUCUGAAGUUCCUGCCAGCUGAACAUUUCGACUGGGUGGUGAUAGACGAGUGUGCUCAGGCGCUGGAGAGCAGCUGCUGGAUCGCCCUGCUUAGAGCACGCAAGUGCAUUCUGGCAGGAGACUACAAGCAGUUACCACCUACGAUUAAAUCACAAACGGCUGCAUCAAAAGGCUUAUCUCUGAGUCUUAUGGAGAGACUUAUCCAGAUGUACGGAGACUCGGUGGUUCGUAUGCUGACAGUUCAGUACCGCAUGAACAGUGCCAUUAUGGAGUGGGCCUCCAAGGAAAUGUACCAGGGAAGACUGACUGCUCACACCUCUGUGGAGAGACAUUUACUGAAAGAUCUGGCAGGAGUCACCUGUGUUGAAGAGACCAGCACGCCGCUGCUUCUUAUUGACACAGCAGGGUGUGGUCUGAGUGAAAUGGAGGUUGCAGAUGAGCAGUCCAAAGGCAACCAAGGUGAGGUCGACAUUGUCGAUUUACACAUUAAAGCUCUGACUGAGGCGGGACUCAAAGCUAAAGACAUAGCUGUUAUUGCUCCUUACAAUCUGCAAGUUGAUCUCCUACGUCAGAAGCUUUCUGCGAAGCAUCCAGAGCUUGAGAUAAAGUCAGUGGAUGGAUUUCAGGGCAGAGAAAAAGAAGCUGUUGUGUUGUCAUUAGUUCGGUCCAACAGAAAAGGCGAAGUUGGAUUUCUAGCAGAGGACAGAAGGAUAAAUGUUGCAGUUACUCGUGCAAGACGCCACAUCGCUGUAGUGUGUGACACACAAACGGUUCAGAAUCACGCUUUUCUGAAGUCCCUGAUCAAUCAUAUAACUGAGUUUGGUGAGGUCAGAACAGCAUUCGAGUACAUUCAAGACAUUGUGCCACAAAACUACACCCGUGACCACAAAGAUGCGAAGCCUGCUCCUGCCAGCACCUCAACAUCUAUCAAACACAAGGUCAAGGAUCAGCCCUCCAAUAAAGCAAAGCAAGGACAAAAGAAAUCCACUGGUAGUAGCAGGAAGGAAAAUAUGGCUGGUUUAGUGAAUCAUACAAAGUCCAGCACAUCAGCAGAGCAUGAACAGAAUAAAGGCCGAUAUGCUGAGAUCAGAGAGCAGGUGGAGAACUUUAUGAAGAACCUAAACCAGAGUGAGCUACGGUUUCCAUCAUCGUUUAACUCUCAUGAUCGCCUCCUGGUCCAUCAGAUCGCUGAGGAGCUGGGGCUCGUUCAUGAGAGCAAAGGGGAAGGGAGUGAGAGGUCCAUCUCUAUCUCAAGGCCUCUGGUGUCAACACCAGCCAAAGAAGAAGCACGAAAGCAGGAAACUGUCCCAGAUUUACAAAGUGAGCCACUGUGUCAACCUUCCUUAGACCUGAAAAGUUUACAUUUGGAGAGGAUGAAGAGGGAGCAGCAGAAAAGGGAAGAAAAUGCUCAACAAAAAAAGCAACAGAACAACAUUCCCCCAGCUCAGAGCCAGUCAUCAAAGAAAGCCAAAGGAAAAAAUCGAACCAAGGAAGGGGCCUGCGACAUCGCUGCUGCCUCUGCUCCAGAUGAUGACUUUGAUACACUCAUCAGUGCUGUCAUGAAAGCUGACGGUGUUUGUAGUUUUGUCAAGUGCAAAGCAUCUGUGCUAACACUUGGGCAGCUCUGCCUGUUCUGCAACAGGCAGUAUUGUCUCAGUCAUCAUAUACCAGAGGUUCACGGCUGUGGAGAUAAAGCCAAGUCUCAUGCCCGAAUGAGGAUAAGUAAAGAGGGCGUUCUUUAUGCUGGGAGCGGGAAGAAAGACAAAUCUAUGGACGCCAAUAAGAAGGCCUAUCUGCAAAGAAAACUGGACUCUAAACUAAAGGACAUGGCAUCACAGAGGAAACCAAAAACCAAAGAGAAGGAUAGUUAAUGUCAAACUAAAUUUAAAUAAAUCUGAACACUUUGUUCUCAAAGAGGUUAAAGAGUGUUUGAAAUUGUUUGUCUCACUAGUCUGGUGGUUCACUACAAUUUCCCGCUCAGUUUCAUGUGUGAAACAUUUAUUUA